AUGGGAGACGACACGGGAAAACCUCCCCAGGAGAGCUCCGAGGAACUAUUCAACAUCCAAGAUGCACAAACGUCGAAAGCCCAGAAAGCACUUGGCAAAAGAUACAGGAUCUGCGGGGUGCUGCUGUGCCCCCUGGCGCUCUCUCUCAUCCUGACGUUUCUCGGUGUCCACUAUUUUUGGAACCUACCGCCCAACAAAAUUUACGAUAUGGAACACACGUUCUUCAGUCAAGGGGAGAUGCAAAAGAUAUUAAUGAAGAUUGACCCUGUUAGCGGGACAGAGAUCUUUCAAACGGGAAAGGACAACGGAGAAGUUCUGGAAAUACAUGACUUCAAAAAUGGAAUAACCGGCAUCUUUUUUGUGGGGGAUCCUAAGUGCUUCAUCCGAAGUCAAACGAAAGGGAUACCCGAAACGUCCAAUGUGGAAGCGGAGGAGCCCGAGGGCGAGGAAGUGACCACCUAUUUCGAGCAAUCAGUGGUCUGGGUUCCCGGGGAGAAGCCGAUUGACAACAAAGACUUCCUGGAGAAUUCCAAGGUUUUUGACCUCUGUAAAAAUGUGACUACGUACUGGAUCCACCCAGCCUUGCUAACAGAACCAGAGACCCUUGACUUUGAAAACGAAGGAGAGGAAGGUGAUCGGUUUUCCGCAAACAGGCUAGGACAAGAGGAAACUAAAGAGGAUCGUUUGGCUAAGCAAGCAAGACCGAGCCCUAGACGUCACGCUCGCCAGCUCACCGAACAGGACUUACCUGUGAACGACUACACAGAAAACGGGCUCGAGUUCCACCCCGCGUGGGAUGAAAGAGGAUACUGCUGCGCCCGCUGCCGCCGCGCCCAUCGAUACUGCCGGAGGGUGUGUGAGCCUCUGCUAGGAUAUUACCCGUACCCCUACUGUUAUCAAGGAGGGAGAGUUAUUUGCCGCGUGAUCAUGCCCUGUAACUGGUGGAUUGCGCGGAUGUUGGGGCGAGUGUAAACGCCCAGGGCAAGAAACUCGGGCACAAAAUACACUGCAG